CACACGAACAAGGGAUUGGUCUAGUGGUAAUACCACUAACCUAGAAAUAGAGAGGUCACAGAUUCAAAUCCUUUAAUUAAGUAGUACCUUAAUCACAAAAAUGAAACCUAGAUCACCCUUUAUAUAUAAAGUGUCUGUUGAGUUUGUGAAGGAGAUCAGGUGGUUGGAGCGCACUGAUGUAUCUUCUUCAUUCACUGAAACAACUUGUAAAGAAGAAACUAAUUUAUUGAGUUGAAAAAGAAAUUACAGCGGAAUGGUUUUAUACAAAGAAACUCUCUGAAUCAUGCCAACGAAGUUGGCACUUUGAAACUCUCAAAUAACAACCUACUUCCCAAGUUUUAUUCACCCAGAUCGCACUCUGUGAAUCAAACUACUAAAGUAAUAAACUAAUGGACCCAAAGUAGAAGAAGAACUUUCCCGAUUUUCUCUCUUACUACAGACUGUCCAAGACUUAUUGAAGGCAAGAGGAAGCUAUUUAUACUAAAAGAGGGAAUUGACCGUUGCAGAAGGAUUGAGACGCUCUUGAUCUUCAUCAUGGCCCGUCAUAGAGUCGGUGAUGUCUGUGCACCAUCACCGACGAUCUUCUUGGAGUUUUGCUGCCGCCCUUGUAGACUGGAGGCUAGGGUUGAGCAGAACGAAAAUAAUGUCAUCUGGAGGAGAAGACUUGGAAGGACGACUCUUUGAGUGGUGCCGUUGAAGGUGAAACAUCGUCGUGUGUCCAAAGGCAAAACGUCAUCGUUCUGAUAGAUUGAGGAAGACGGCACCUUUCAUCAGUGUCGUGAUAAAAUAAAAUUGUCGCUAGCUAAUUCGAGGAGAGCCUGUUGCCGUCACGGCACAAAAGAUCAUUCACUUGUGUUUUUUGGACUACAUUUCCCGGCUUGAUUUGGUUGAAGGGAUUCUGCCGUUUAUACUUUUCAAAGGCGGCUUAUAUGUGCUUAAUUGGUAGCCUAGGGGGACCUUUGAUUGAUCGAUCAAUUAAUUAAUUAAUUAAUCAAUCAAUCAAUCUGAAAUAAGUACAAAAAUAUUAACGAAUUAUAUAAGGCAGAGAUACCCAAGUCUGGAGCACUCUUGAUACUACAUAAACACUUGGUAAUUAAUUAGCAGCAGUAGUGCCGAUCAAAAUUAAAGAUCUCAAAACAAUUAAAGAAGGGGAGAAAUUAAAUAAAAGCAUACAGAGCCAUGGCGAUCCCCAGUAGUAGUACUGUUGCAAUCAAGUUGGCCGUCUUGCUUCUCAUCGUCCUUACAUAUUUUCAUGCAGGUGUUUUGCCUUCAAGGGUAGUAGUAGUUAGUCCGCAAUUGGAGAAUGUGGACGACGACUAUGCUCCGAUUCAUGUCAGGAACGAGGAGAGGUCGCCGCCGAAAAGAGGCAAAGGUGUGGUGAUGAUCACAUCCUCCAGUGCCUGAAGAUCUCGGUCGUUGCAGCGUGGGCUGUUACUGUAAUGACAAUUUAUGCCAUUGCAUCUGCUCCAGCUAGCUAGAUAUAUGUUGUUUUGUAUUAUUCCACAAACUUAGGCGGGUAGUAUCCUAGAGUUGGUGGCUGAGGUGCUGACUCUGCUGGAAGCAGUAGCUUGGUGCCUAGCGUUGGGCUUUCAGGAUGUUUGUUUCCGAGGGAUGCUCAGAAUGUCGUGGACAAACUUAGAAAGAGGGAUGCGAAUGAUGUCCAGGUUGGGGCGGUUUUGGAGGAGCUUAUUGGGAUGCUUACAGAUCAUAGUGCUUUCAACGUUCGUUUUGUAAGUCGGAAUAACAAUAGGGUAGCCCA